GCCGCUCGCGGAGCCGGAGGAGGCGGAGCUGGCUGUGUCCCGGCUCUGGAGCGGGUUAGCUGCGGAGGAGGUGGUGCGGCCGGCCCGGGUGGCCCAGGCUCGGGCGGGGCAGCGGGAGAGGCUGGCAGGCAGCGCGGGCGAAGAGCGGUGCCUUGGAGUGGGCGCUCCCAGCGAGAGGAGUCCGCUCCAUGCAUGCGGGCCGAGCCCGGCCCCUACGAGCCGCCGACAUGAAGAAAGACGUGCGGAUCCUGCUGGUGGGAGAACCUAGAGUUGGGAAGACAUCACUGAUUAUGUCUCUGGUCAGUGAAGAAUUUCCAGAGGAGGUUCCUCCUCGGGCAGAAGAAAUCACUAUUCCAGCUGAUGUCACCCCUGAGAGAGUUCCAACACACAUCGUAGAUUACUCAGAAGCAGAACAGAGUGAUGAACAACUUCAUCAAGAAAUAUCACAGGCUAAUGUCAUCUGCAUAGUUUAUGCUGUUAACAACAAGCAUUCUAUUGAUAAGGUAACAAGUCGAUGGAUUCCUCUCAUAAAUGAAAGAACAGACAAAGAUAGCAGGUUGCCUUUGAUAUUGGUUGGGAACAAAUCUGAUCUAGUGGAAUAUAGUAGCAUGGAGACCAUCCUUCCUAUUAUGAACCAGUACACUGAAAUAGAAACCUGUGUGGAGUGUUCAGCAAAAAAUCUGAAGAACAUAUCAGAGCUUUUUUAUUAUGCCCAGAAAGCUGUUCUUCAUCCUACAGGGCCCUUGUACUGCCCAGAGGAGAAAGAGAUGAAGCCAGCCUGUAUAAAAGCCCUUACUCGUAUAUUUAAAAUAUCUGAUCAAGAUAAUGAUGGCACUCUCAAUGAUGCUGAACUCAACUUCUUUCAGAGAAUUUGUUUCAACACUCCAUUAGCUCCUCAGGCUCUAGAAGAUGUCAAGAAUGUAGUCAGAAAACAUAUAAGUGAUGGUGUGGCUGAUAGUGGAUUGACACUGAAAGGUUUUCUUUUUUUACACACACUUUUUAUCCAGAGAGGGAGACAUGAAACUACUUGGACUGUGCUUCGACGAUUUGGUUAUGAUGAUGACCUAGGAUUGACACCUGAAUAUUUAUUCCCCUUAUAUUUAAGAGCACUUUACAUGUCAACUCGGAAUGAGCAUUAUUUUGACCCUAAGGCUUGCCAGGCCAUUCUAGUGACUUUCCUCUGGAGAGUCCACCUGUCCGGCAAGGAUAUUGUGCUAAAAAUACCUCCUGAUUGCACUACUGAAUUAAAUCAUCAUGCGUAUUUGUUUCUCCAAAGCACCUUUGACAAACAUGAUUUGGAUAGAGACUGUGCUUUGUCACCUGAUGAACUUAAAGAUUUAUUUAAAGUUUUCCCUUAUAUACCCUGGGGGCCAGAUGUGAAUAACACAGUUUGUACAAAUGAAAGAGGCUGGAUAACCUACCAGGGAUUCCUUUCCCAGUGGACGCUCACAACCUAUUUAGAUGUACAGCGGUGCCUGGAAUAUUUGGGCUACUUAGGCUAUUCAAUAUUGACUGAACAAGAGUCUCAAGCUUCAGCCAUUACAGUAACAAGAGAUAAAAAGAUAGAUCUUCAGAAAAAACAGACUCAAAGAAAUGUGUUCAGAUGUAAUGUCAUUGGGAUGAAAAACUGUGGGAAAAGUGGAGUUCUUCAGGCCCUUCUUGGAAGAAACUUAAUGAGGCAGAAGAAAAUUCGUGAUGAUCAUAAAUCCUACUAUGCGAUUAACACUGUUUAUGUAUAUGGACAAGAGAAAUAUUUAUUGUUGCAUGAUAUCUCAGAAUCGGAAUUUCUAACUGAGGCUGAGAUCAUUUGUGAUGUUGUAUGCCUCGUAUACGAUGUCAGUAAUCCCAAAUCCUUUGAAUACUGUGCCAGGAUUUUUAAGCAACACUUUAUGGAUAGCAGAAUACCUUGCUUAAUCAUAGCUGCAAAGUCAGACCUGCAUGAAGUUAAACAAGAAUAUAGUAUUUCACCUGCUGAUUUCUGCAGAAAACACAAAAUGCCUCCACCACAAGCCUUCACUUGCAAUACCACUGAGGCACCCAGUAAAGAUAUCUUUGUUAAAUUGACAACAAUGGCCAUGUACCCAGAGGAUCAUUACAGAGACAAACUCUCGCGAGACACGGGCAACACUGAUAGAAUAGAGAAUUUGAGAAAAGUCUGGGUCUUUCUAAAAACAGCUUUCCAUGCCCGGUUACGCUGUAUGUGCACCUGCAACAGGUGCACGUUUUGCAUCUGUCAGAACUUCCUCAACUCAGACUUGCUGCAGUCUAUAAAGAACAAAAUCUUCACUGCAAUUCUUAACAGGUUAAGAGCCCGGGUAGCUGAGUGGGGUGCCAUGCUGUUAGCAGACGACGAAGGCAGUAUUACUCACCAGGUGCACGCCGUCAGCUCUGUUGAAGAUUCCAUCUUCAUGGAGUCAUCUCAUGGUCCACUUUUUCUUGAAGCCAGGCACGUGACACAAGCUGACCUCAAGAGCUCCACGUUUUGGCUUCGAGCAAGUUUUGGUGCUACUGUUUUUGCCGUUUUGGGCUUUGCCAUGUACAAAGCAUUAUUGAAACAGCGAUGAUUUAAAACAAAAAAAUACUGGCCCCUACCAAAAACAAAUACUUUUAUGUACAUUCUGAAUGCUUUAAAUUCUGCUAGAAAUAUUGGCAUAUUUGUACAUGCAGAGUUACUUUAUUAAUUAUUUGUAAGUCGUGCAUAAGAGUAUUUUAACGAUAGUUGUAACUGCAGUAUUGGCUAGCAUAUGGAAAGAAGCAGCUUAACAGCCAGACUAAAGUGGCUAAAUUCCAGAGGCCAAAAGGGAAUGUUUUGUAAAUAAUGUACAUAUUCAGGCAAGAUAUUGUCUCCCAAACUGAGUUCUAGAAAUGAUAUUUCUAGAUGUUUCUACAUGGUAUUGUUAGUGCUCAGUUGGCUCACUCUCCUAGGCUUGCGUCAGCCAGAGGUUGUAUUUACUCAUGGAUCACUUAUUUAUUUCACAUUUACUCAGAACGAUCUUUGGGUCCUUCAGGUACCCAAGGCACAAUUGACCACUUUCUCUUCGUUUCUAAAAGCAAACAAGUCAUUGUCAGCUUACCCGCACAACCUUCUUCCAGUCACUGGGAUAGGCCAGCCUUGAAGCUGCCGUGCCAGCUAGACAACUGUACAGCUGAGUGUGAGGCUCUCCUUUAAGAAAGGAAGAGCUAAAGGCAAUCAGAGGUGUUACCUACGGGAUUAUGUUGCCUCCUUUGUCAGGAUGUUGAAUUUUAUAGCCCUUUCAAUCAAAUGAGAAAAAAGAUUUGUAUAUUAUCAAUGUUUUUCGUUAAAAUAAACCGGCACCACUACAACAAUUGAAUUUCCUCCCAAAGUGUAAAUCAUUCUACAAGGGCUGUGUCUGUCCUAGUGAUUUCAGCAGCUGCAUGUAUCAUGAAGUGUUCUAUGUCUGGCUGAAAUAACCUAGAAGCAGCACUUUUUUUAAAUGGUAAAAUAAGUCUAAUGAAUAUAAACUCUCAUGAUAAACCUAUUUUUUCCAUCAUUGACCUUUUCAAGUAUUUAAAUAAAUAACCACUGUGUACUGUGA